AUGGAACAUUCUGCCUUCGUUUUUGGACAAGAAUCGAAAGCGGCAUACUCCGACCUAGCUCAGUGCGAUGUACCAACAGGAGCACUCGUCAGUAUCGUGCAGGUGAUCACAAUCGACGACGAUCCUUCUCCACCUCGGCGAAAACGAACCACUGGCUUUUGCCGGCGCCUGCAGCACAAGAGAAAAGAUCGAGGCGCUCCGACGCCUUAUUUGCAGACCCGCUUCUCGCAGCGGUCCGCUGGAGAGCUUGCCUUCUUUGAAUUGCUCACCUCACUACACGUCCCUGGAGAAAGGGCACAGAAGAGCCAAAUG